AUGAGCUGCAAUACCUCCAAUACUGGUUCUGGUAGUAGAACUCCUAGAAGGACGUUUGAGUUUGGAAGGACCCAUGUGGUCAGGCCCAAAGGGAACCACCAAGCGACUAUAGUUUGGCUACAUGGCCUUGGAGAUAAGGGCUCAAGCUGGUCCCAGCUUUUGGAAACCCUUCCUCUUCCAAAUAUUAAGUGGAUUUGUCCUACUGCUCCUUCUCGUCCUGUAGCAUUAUUUGGUGGAUUUCCUUGCACUGCCUGGUUUGACAUGGGGGACAUUUCAGAAGAUGCUCCUGAUGAUAUGGAGGGGUUAGAUGCCUCAGCAGCGCAUGUUGCAAAUCUUUUGUCAACAGAGCCUGCUGAUAUAAAACUCGGUGUUGGGGGCUUCAGUAUGGGUGCUGCAACUGCCCUCUACUCUGCCACGUGCCGUGUUUUAGGGCAAUAUGGGAAUGGAAAUCCAUACCCAGUUAACCUAAGUGCAAUUGUUGGUCUAAGUGGAUGGCUUCCAUGUUCAAGAACUUUGAGGAACCGGAUGGAAGCGUCGAAUGAGGCUGCAAGGCGUGCAGCAUCCUUGCCCACUUUGCUAUGUCAUGGCUUAGGCGAUGAUGUGGUCGCAUAUGGACAUGGAGAGAAAUCUGCACAGGUCUUAAGUUCAGCAGGAUUUCGAAAUCUAAUGUUUAGAACAUACAACGGGCUGGGGCACUAUACAAUCCCUGAAGAGACUGAUGACGUUUGUACUUGGCUAACUGCAAGUUUGGGGCUCGAGGGAUCCCGAUCAUACUAA